GCCCUUUCAUUUCCUUCAUUCAACAAACUCCUGCCAACAAAGUUUGCUAUUUAAUGCUCUUUCUCUUUCUCUCUCUCUUUAUGGUCCCUUUCCUUCAUUAACUCUUUACUUUCAUUUCUUUCAUAUAUGGCUUACUUCCCCAACUUCUGUCUAAAUUUUAGAUAUUUCUCAUAUACUGGUGAGCUGAGCAGAGCAACAAUCUGCACUCACCCUCAGCUGAUUUGUAGGUCUAAAUAUAACUACAACACACACAUAUAUAGAUGGUCCCAUAAAACAUAGGCCAUGAUAUUAUCUAACAUCUAUAUAUAUACAUAUAGAAUCUUCUUGGUUAUUGGGAGAAAUAUGGUUCUUAUUAAGAGUGGCUAUUGAUCUAGGAGAGUACUGAGAUGGGUGCAAGAGGAGAAAUCAAGUCGCCAGAAGGGGGUGGUGUGAUGAUCACUAGUGGCACUAGUUUCAGUGUGGGUUCAACUUCAGAAAGGAAGAAACUGGGAAUUUAUUUCAUUGAGUCAGAUGACCGACGCACUGCUUUUGGCCGUGGCUAUACUGGUGGAACUACCCCUGUUAAUAUCAGGGGCAAACCAAUUGCUGAUCUUUCAAAGACUGGCGGUUGGAUUGCAGCCUUCUUCAUAUUUGGGAAUGAAAUGGCUGAGAGAAUGGCUUAUUUUGGGUUGUCUGUGAACAUGGUGGCUUUUAUGUUCUAUGUUAUGCAUAGACCCUUCUCAAGCUCAUCAAAUGCAGUUAAUAACUUCUUAGGGAUAUCACAAGCUUCCUCUGUCCUAGGUGGAUUCCUAGCCGAUGCUUACCUUGGUAGAUAUUGGACAAUAGCAAUCUUCACAACAAUAUAUCUUCUGGGUUUGACAGGGAUCACUUUGUGUGCUGCUCUGGAUGUUUUCACACCAAACCAGGACCAAUGCGACCAGCUAUCUCUGCUUUUGGGCAGUUGUGAGCCUGCAAAGCCAUGGCAGAUGCUUUACCUUUACACUGUUUUGUACAUAACUGGGUUUGGAGCUGCAGGAAUAAGGCCAUGUGUUUCUUCCUUUGGAGCUGAUCAGUUUGAUGAGAAGAGCAAAGACUAUAAAACCCAUCUUGAUAGGUUUUUCAACUUCUUUUAUCUUUCAGUCACUAUUGGGGCUAUUAUUGCCUUCACAGCAGUGGUCUACAUUCAGAUUAAACUCGGGUGGGGUGCCGCCUUUGGCUCACUGGCUGCAGCUAUGGGAUUAUCAAACUUGGUGUUCUUCCUUGGUACUCCUAUGUACAGGCAUAGGUUACCUGGAGGUAGCCCUCUCACCAGGGUUGCUCAAGUUCUUGUUGCAGCUUUUCGAAAGAGAAACGCUUCUUUCUCUAGUGGCGAUUUCAUAGGCUUGUAUGAGGUCCCUGGCAAACAAUCUGCUAUAAAGGGCAGUGGAAAGAUAGUGCACACAGAGGAUUUCAGAAUUUUGGAUAAGGCAGCCCUGCAGCUGAAAGAAGAUGUUGGUGAGCCAAAUCCCUGGAGGCUCUGCACUGUGACUCAAGUAGAGGAAGUGAAGAUCCUUUUGAAACUCAUUCCAAUACCAGCAUGUACAAUAAUCCUUACUGCAGUGUUGACCGAGUACCUAACACUGUCAGUGCAGCAAGCAUACACAAUGAACACCCACAUUGGCCAUCUAAAACUCCCAGUGACAUGCAUGCCUGUGUUUCCUGGCCUAAGCAUUUUCCUCAUACUGUCACUCUAUUACUCUACCUUCGUUCCACUGUCCCGACGCUUCACAGGCCAUCCUCAUGGCGCUUCACAGCUUCAGAGGAUUGGCAUUGGAUUAGCAGUUUCCAUCCUGUCUGUGGCAUGGGCAGCCAUUUUUGAAAAAUACAGAAGAAACUAUGCCAUUAAGCAUGGAUACGAGUUGGUAUUUAUAACUCCAAUGCCACACUUGAGUGCAUACUGGUUGCUUAUUCAGUAUUGCUUGAUUGGCAUUGCUGAAGUGUUCUGCAUAGUUGGUUUGCUAGAGUUCUUGUAUGAGGAAGCUCCUGAUGCUAUGAAAAGUAUAGGAUCGGCUUAUGCUGCUCUUGCAGGUGGUUUGGGGUGCUUUAUGGCCUCCAUAAUCAACAGCAUUGUCAAAUCUGUAACGGGGAAUCCAGAGAAAGGGGAGCCCUCAUGGCUGUCCCAGAAUAUAAACACUGGUAGAUUUGAUUAUCUCUAUUGGCUGCUAACAGCUCUUAGUGUAAUCAAUUUCUGCAUUUUUCUGUAUUGUGCAAGUAAGUACAAGUACAGGGUAGCUCAGGUUGAAACAAAGAAAAACAACAAUAGAGAUAACUCUUCCUAGUUAUUCACUAGGACUUUUUUUCUUUUUUUAAAGAAAGGGUAAACUUGUGAGGCCAUAAAUUAUUGGCUAAGUCAAUGAACAUCAAGAAAAUCUAUUAGUAUUAGGUAAUUUAAAUGUUUUCAAAUGAUUGGUGUUGGUUCAUACUGUGAAAGUCAGUACAAGUGUUCUUAGCCUUUUUGUUUUCCUUCUCUAUAAAUUAAUUGUUCUUUUUGCUG